CUUAGAACACCCGCGCACACUCACACAGGGCGGGGCACUUCAGCUUCUAUCAGAAAACGGAGAAGAAAGCUUUAUCAUAGUUCUGAGCAUUCCCAAUGAAUAAUUUGAAGCUAUUUUCUGAGGUCCCUUUGGUUCUUCAAUUGAAGUCCCAUGCUGAGGCUCUUCAAUUCUCGGCUUUUGACAUCGAGCGGAACCGCCUUUUCUUUGUGUCUGCCGGCAACUUCGUUUAUACCGUUCAUCUAUCUUCGUUCCAUCAAAAAGGAGCUUGGAGCAAGGCCUUGGCAUCUGCAGAUGUUGACACCAUUGAUCUGGAUCCAGGGGAUUUUAUUACUUCAUUUGAAUAUCUUAUGGAGAAAGAAGCUCUCAUUGUGGGGACUUUAAAUGGCCUUUUAUUGCUCCACAGUGUGGAUACUAACACAACUGAAGUUGUUGGCAAGGUGGAUGGUGGGGUCAAGUGUAUCUCCCCUAGUCCUGAUGGAGAAUUGCUGGGCAUAAUUACUGGUUUUGGACAGAUAUUAGUAAUGACUCAUGAUUGGGAAUUGUUAUAUGAAACAGCACUUACGGAUCUUCCUGAAGGUCUUGAUGUGAAUGAAAUUUUUCUGCCAGAUAGGUUUGAGUAUAAUGUUUGUUGGCGAGGGGAUGGAAAAUACUUUGCAACCAUUAAUGAUGUAUGCAAUUCAACACCAUCACUUAAGGAGCUUAAAGUUUGGGAACGAGAUUCAGGGUUAUUGCAGGCUUGUUCAGAACCAAAAGCUUUUGCUGGAGCUGUUUUGGAAUGGAUUCCCAGUGGUGCAAAAAUUGCUGCAGUUUAUGAUAGGAAAGUAGAAAACGAAUGUCCCUCAAUUGUUUUCUUUGAGAAAAAUGGAUUGGAACGGAGCAAGUUUAGCAUCAAUGAAGGAAAUAAUGCAAAAGUAAAGGUUCUGAUGUGGAAUUGCAGUUCAGAUUUGCUUGCUGGUAUUGUUGAAUGUGAAAAUUAUGAUGCUAUAAAGAUAUGGUAUUUUAGCAACAACCACUGGUACUUGAAGCAUGAAAUUAGAUACACAAAGAAAGAUUAUGUCAGGUUCAUGUGGAAUCCAACAAAGCCUUUGCAGUUAAUUUGUUGGACUAUUGGUGGUCAGAUCACAGUUUGCAACUUUGUCUGGGCCACAGCUAUUACAGAGAACUCAACUGCACUAGUUAUUGAUGGCUCCAGUAUACAUGUGACCCCACUUUCUUUAUCGUUAAUGCCACCUCCUAUGUAUUUAUUCGGCCUGAAAUUUCCUUCUAAUGUUCAGGACAUGGCUGUAUAUUGCAGAAACUCUAAGUACCAAUUAGCUGCUUCUCUGUCAAAUGGUUGCUUAUGUAUUGUGGAGCUUCCUGCUGUUGACACCUGGGAAGAACUAGAAGGGAAAGAAUUCAAUGUUGAAGCCUCUCACUCUGAGAUGACACUUGGAUCUAUUUUGCAUCUUGUAUGGUUGAAUUCCCAUACACUACUAGCUGUUUCACAUUAUGGUUUCAGUCAUAGUAUGGACUUUUCUAAACCUUCCCUGAAUGAGGGAGGAUUUCAAGGCUUCUAUUUGCAGGAAAUUGAGCUUGAAUGUUCUGAGGAUCUAGUUCCAGGAAUAUUGACAUGCUCAGGUUGGCAUGCGAAAGUUUCAAAGCAAAAUUCCCUGGAAGAGGUGGUUAUUAGCAUUGCCCCUAAUCCUGCUAGUAAACAUUCUGCAUAUAUUCAAUUUUCUGGGGGGAAAAUCUCUGAGUAUGUAACAAAAUUUGGUGCCAGAAGGGGCUCUUUAGAGCAAGAAUUUCAAAACUUUUCUUCAUCAUGCCCUUGGAUGAAUGUAGUUCUGCCCAGUGAUGGUGUGGCAUCAAAGCCAUUGUUUUUUGGAUUGGAUGAGAUUGGUAGGCUGCAUGCCAAUGGGGGGAUUGUCUGCAACAACUGCAGCAGUUUCUCAUUUUACUCAAAUUUGGCAGAUGAAGUGAUCACGCAUUUAAUUUUCACAACUAAGCAGGAUUUACUUUUUAUUGUUGACAUUGUUGACAUAUUGAGUGGGGAGUUAGACACGAAGUAUGGAAACUUUGUCCCCAUUGGCACCAGAAAAAGAGAAGGAGAAGCUCGAAACUGUAUAAAUGUAUGGGAAAGAGGUGCUAAAAUUGUUGGAGUUCUUCAUGGAGAUGAAGCUGCUAUUAUUCUGCAAACUACUAGGGGAAACCUUGAAUGUAUUUACCCCCGAAAAUUAGUUGUGGUUUCUAUCAUUAAUGCCUUGGUCCAAAAGCGCUUCAAAGAUGCAUUACAUAUGGUAAGGCGUCACAGGAUAGAUUUCAAUGUGAUUGUUGAUUACUGUGGUUGGCAAGCAUUUUCACAAUCAGCUUCUGAAUUUGUCAGUCAGGUUGGCAAUCUAAGUUACAUAACGGAGUUUGUCUGUGCUGUAAAGAAUGAAAAUGCUAUUGAGAAACUCUACAAAAACUUUGUAACUAUUCCUUGUCCAGAGGGUGCUAAUGUUAUGCAAGUAGGAGACCUCCAGCAUUACCUUGUUAACAAGGUUUCUUCUGUUCUGAUGGCCGUAAGAAAAGCCCUAGAAGAUCAUAUAACAGAAAGUCCGGGUAGAGAGCUUUGCAUUUUGACUACUCUGGCUCGGAGUGAUCCCCCGCUACUUGAGGAUGCUCUGAAGAGAAUUAAAGUUAUCCGUGAAAUGGAAUUGUCACGUGCUGAUGAGCAGAGAAGGUUGUCUUACCCUUCUGCUGAAGAAGCUCUGAAGCAUCUUUUGUGGUUAGCUGAUUCUGAUGCUGUCUAUGAAGCUGCUUUAGGUCUUUAUGACUUAAAUCUUGCAGCUAUUGUGGCAUUGAAUGCACAAAGAGAUCCAAAAGAAUUUCUUCCUUUAUUACAAGAAUUGGAGUGUAUGCCCCCUCUAUUAAUGCAAUACAAUAUUGACCUUAGGCUAAAAAGAUUUGAAAAGGCACUCAGACACAUUACUUCUGCAGGAGAUGCUCAUUUUGGUGAAUGCAUGACACUCAUGAAGAAAAACCCUCAACUCUUUCCAUUGGGACUUCAACUUAUUGCUGAUCCUGUGAAGAGGAUGCCAAUCCUUGAGGCAUGGGGGGACUAUCUUAGUGAUGAAAAAUGCUUUGAAGAUGCUGCCACAAUUUACUUGUCCUCUUUUCAUCUGGAGAAGGCUCUGAAGUCUUAUCGUGCUUGUAAUAACUGGAGGGGGGUGCUUACAGUUGCUGGGUUCCUUAACAUGGGAAAAGAGGAGGUACUGCAUCUUGCACAUGAGCUUUGUGAAGAGAUUCAAGCACUGGGUAAACCUGGGGAAGCUGCCAAAAUUGCUUUGGAAUACUGUGGAGAAGUUGAUGGUGGUGUGAAUCUGUUGAUUUCUGCACGGGACUGGGAGGAGGCCAUGAGGGUUGCUUUCAUGCAUAGAAGACAGGACUUAAUUAAAGUUGUAAAGGAUGCGUCUUUGGAAUGUGCAGGCACACUAAUCAGUGAAUAUGAGGAAGGCUUGGAGAAAGUGGGGAAGUACCUGGCCCGUUACCUGGCUGUUAGACAGAGAAGGUUACUUCUUGUGGCAAAGGUCCGGGCAGAGGAACGGGCACCCAGUGACAUUGAUGAUGACACUGCAUCAGAAGCUAGUAGUAAUUUUAGUGGCAUGAGCGCCUACACCACAGGGACCAGGAGAAGUUCUGCUGCUUCUGUUAGCUCAAGGGCGACUAGCAAGGCAAGAGACGCCAGGCGUCAGAGGAAAAGAGGAAAAAUCCGGCCUGGGAGUCCUGGGGAAGAGCUGGCCCUGGUGGAGCAUAUGAAAGGCAUGUCCUUGACAGUGGAAGCUAGAAAGGAGCUGAAAUCUUUGCUGGUUUGCCUUGUGAUGUUUGGUGAGGGAGAAACAGCUAGGAGGCUGCAACACAUGGGAGAGAACUUUCAGUUGUCUCAAAUGGCGGCAGUUAGAUUAGCUGAAGACACCAUGUCUACUGAUAGCAUACAGGAGCAUACACAUACUUUGGAGCAUUACACACAAAAAGUGAGAACUGAAAUGCAAAAUUCAGAGGCUUUGUCUUGGCGGGCUAAGGUUUUUGUUUCUUACUAAGUGAGGUUAGCAACAAUUAACAGGAUAUAGAGGCUGUUUAUCAGCAAGAUAGUGUUGUUUUAGGCUUUUUUUUAGGAGUAGCUACGCAACUUUAGAUUGUAUUCUAUUCUAUAUAUACUGUGUUGCCCAUGUUGCUUUUGUAUUUGGUCAGAAGCAGGGCCUAUUUCAAGUUCUGUUAUAUUCUUUGGGUCUGAUCUGGUAAUUAUUGUAAUGAUCUUUGUGGCAUGAAUAAAACGUUAUUAUAAUUCA